GGAGAGACGACCGCGCGUGUAAACCUCCAGUCUCACUGCGAGCGGAAAGUCGCGCGUUGGAUGUGGUUUUCUCCUCCUCUUCCUCGUGUAGCGUCAUAACAAAUAUUAGAAAGCCGUCCGUUGUUCACAGGCUCGGAAUAAGAGGUGGCAGUUUUCUCUCUUUGGAUAGACGGUUAAAGCGGACGAUUCGGAUUGCGGCGAGGCAGAAAACAAAAAGUUGAGCGGCGCGCGCGAGAGUGUUGGGUUCCUUUGGCACGGUUAGCACAGCUAGCUAAAGAGUGGACAUUCUAUAGGUGAGCGUAUUAUAUUGAGUUUUGCAAUGGCGGACCUACGGGCGAGAGUGUUGUACGACUUUGCUUCGGAGAACCCUGGAGAGAUAACGGUGAAGGAGAAUGAGGUGGUGAGUCUGUACAGUGAGCAGGACAUUGAGGGCUGGCUGGAGGCGCUGAACGCGAGCGGCCAGAGAGGACUCAUCCCUGCGUCCUAUGUAGAGAUCGUGAAGGGCGAGAAAUCCUCUUCUUAUAACAACAACACCGCUGUGGAUGCACACCAGCUCACUCAAAGGCCCAACAACAUCUCCAUGGGAAACUAUCCAUCAACUUUAACAAGUGGUUUCCCAGCACCACCUCCACUACAGCAGCCCCAGCACAGUUACCCAGCCAGCCAGGGGAGUGAUGAUGACUGGGAUGAUGACUGGGACGAUAGCUCCACAGUAGCUGAUGAACCUGGUGUUACGCGUGCGGGUUUCCACGAUUUGGAAAACAACGGAGUCAACACCUACAGGGUGUCCACGGCGUCCAUGGCGCGGGGCGGCAACGCUCAGCAAGCCAAGAGUUCAGCUACGGUCGGCAGGAACCUCAACAGGUUCUCGACUUUUGUGAAAUCAGGCGGCGAGGCGUUCGUGCUCGGGGAAGCAUCCGGCUUUGUGAAGGACGGCGACAAGAUCUGCGUGGUGAUGAGUCAGUAUGGUCCAGAGUGGCAGGAAAACCCAUACCCUUUCCAGUGUACCAUAGACGAUCCGACCAAGCAGACGAAAUUUAAGGGCAUGAAAAGCUACAUCUCGUAUAAACUAACCCCGACACACACGCAGAACCCGGUGAAUCGAAGAUAUAAGCAUUUCGACUGGCUGUACGCUCGGUUGGUUGAGAAGUUCCCCGUCAUCUCAGUUCCUCACAUCCCAGAGAAGCAGGCGACAGGCCGGUUUGAGGAGGAUUUCAUUUCGAAGAGGAGGAAAGGUCUGUUAUGGUGGAUGAACCACAUGACGAGUCACCCGGUGCUGGCCAGGUGUGAUGUUUUCCAACACUUUCUCACCUGCAGCAGCACCGACGAGAAGAGCUGGAAGCAGGGAAAGAGGAAGGCGGAAAAGGACGAGAUGGUCGGAGCGAAUUUCUUCCUGACCAUCAGCACGCCGGCCACGUCGCUCGACUUCCAAGAAGUGGAGAGCAAGAUAGACGGGUUUAAGGGCUUCACCAAAAAAAUGGACGAUAGCGUGAUCCAGGUGAAUGCCACGCUCAAUGAGUUUGCAAGGAAACAGAUCACUGGAUUCAAGAAGGAAUAUCAGAAAGUCGGCCAGGCGUUUAAGUGUCUGAGCCAAGCUUUCGAACUUGAUCAGCAGGCGUACUCAGCCGGUCUGAACCACGCGAUCGCAUACACUGGUGAGGCUUACGAAGCCAUCGGAGACUACUUUGCAGAGCAACCGAGACAAGACGUGGACCCGGUGUUGGAUCUCCUCGCACUGUACCAAGGACACCUCACCAACUAUCCAGACAUCAUUCAUGUCCAGAAAGGUGCUCUGACCAAGGUAAAGGAGAGCCAGAAACACGUGGAGGAGGGCAAGAUGGAGCGGCAGCAGGCGGAAGGCAUCGCCGAGCGCUGCAGCAUCAUCUCAUUCGCCACGCAAGCCGAGAUCCAGCACUUCCACCAGAUCCGCGUGCGCGACUUCAAGGCCCAGAUGCAGCACUACCUGCAGCAGCAGAUCAGCUUCUUUCAGAAAGUCACAGGCAAGCUGGAGGAGACGCUCAGGCAGUACGACAAUGCCUAGAUCUACCACACGCCCUUCAUUCUUUAUCCAGGAGCAAGGUGAACUUUAGCCAGGCUCUAUUUUGGCAAUACGCUAAACUCGAGAGAACUUUCCUCUCUGAUAAUUCUGCAAGUUCCUUAGCAACAAGAUAAACCUCUUGGCACUGCUUAAUGGGGCUAAAAAAAAGCAUGGGGGGGGGGGAGUAUGUGACAAGAUAGCAUUGACCCUCUCUAUGAGAGAGUCAUUUCUAGGUAAAAGGGCGAGGGCAGACGCUUGUGACAGCUAGGAGAAUGUUGCUUUACAGCUCUGUGGAACUAAUAGCGCUCAGGAUGACAAGCAUUCCAUCGGAAAGCACAAUUUCCGCUUUACUAACGUAGUUCACUUACAAACAUCUGAUCAUUAAUCACGCCAGGACCUCCAGCUCUGUUCGGUGCCAACCUUCAGAACGCUCGAGCGCUUCCAUGCUAGCAGAUCUCAUUCGACAUGUUUACAGAGAUCUGAUGAAUAGCUGUCUUCACAUUGCCGUGCCUUUCAACCCUGCCUUUACUGAUAUUUUUUAUAAUUUCGUUUAAUUAUUGUUAAAUAUAUAGGAUAUAUUUUACUUUAUUUUACUAAGAUGUUUUAUAGGCUUUUUUCUUUUUUCUUUUUUGGACCCUGGCUGCUAAAGUUCCUGUGAGUUUUCCAUCAAGACAUGGGAACUUAAAAGGGAAUUCUGCCCUUAUUCGGCUCUCGGACUGAUUUUUUCCCACGAUAUUUUCAGUAUCAGUUCCGGAAACAGGAUUAAACACAAAACCCAGGGCCCUGGGUUGAUUAUCCAAUCACUAUAUAAAAAUAUUCCCCUGACACACGGAUCAGAGACACAGGGAUUGAAAUAAACCACGAGAUAACAGACUAAAACAUCCAGCUCCACUUCUCUUCCAUUUCAUCUUGGAUGCAUCAAAUAAACCGGACAUCAACAUCCGGAGAGGACUGACAAUUUCAUUUAUUUCCUAAUAAAUCUUUUAAUUUAACAUUGCAGUUGAGAAAUCACUGUGUUUGUUCAGAAAUAUUUCCUUUUUACCCAAAAAUAAAACCCCGCACCAUGA